AUGUCAUUGAUAACAAACCGAAAGAGGCCCAGAGGUUUUAGUGAGGCAUUUGAUUCAGCAACUACAAAACCAAAGUCCACUGGAGGUGUAGUGGUCUCCAAUACCACCGAUAUGGACCUGGCUGCUCAACAGGCCAAAACCAUACAUUUGAACUUUGAUCCAACUAUAUCUGAUUCGAAUUUAUCGUCAAAUUCAAUUAAUACGUCGCCUCCGUUGUAUCAUGCGUCCCACGUGCAACAGCAACAACAACAGCAACAACAUCGAUCAUUCAUAAACAGUGACAGUGAUACUGGUUUGAAUACCAACUUGCUCUUUGGUAACUCUUAUAGAAUUUCGCCUUUGACUAGAAGGUAUAGCAGUGGUGCUAUCAGUAAGCCCAAACAGCAUGCUUUUACUAAUCCAUUUUUGCUGGCGGAAGAAGCUGCCGCGGCAGCAGCGGAAGAGGUGUUUAUUGCUGAAGAAGAUGAAGAUGAGUUGGAAAUGGAAGAUCAUGAACAAAAUGUUGACGAUGAAGAUGACGAUGAUUUGAUAAUCUUAGAAGAACGUGAUUUGAUACCCAAGGCUAAGCGUAACAAUAGUGAUCCAGUUUUCGAUCAAGAUGCUUUGGUUGCUUAUAACAUGUUUAAUGUGAACAAUCAAGCUCCUACAUUUGAAAUUGGCAAGAAUAACCCAAUAAAGAAGCAAAGAACGAGCUCGUUGCCUCAAUUACCUCAGGCUAAAUGUUUCUAUAAUAAAUUGCCCAACAAUUAUAUUUUGCAGACACCAAAAUUGGGUAAUAUAAAGACUAAUGUAAUACCCCACCAACUGAACCUUCCACCAUGUGAUGAUGAAAAUGGACAUUAUAUAAUAAAGAUCAACGAACCUUUUGCUAAUCGAUUCAUAAUUAUAAAGUUAUUAGGACAAGGAACUUUUGGUAAAGUUGUCCAAUGUUUCGACAAAGUUAAUCGUGAACAUGUUGCUAUUAAGAUUAUUCGUAAUAUUCAAAAGUACCGAGAUGCUGCCAAGAUUGAAUUACGUAUCUUGUCUACGUUGAAGAAGUUUGACAACAAAAAUGCCAACCAUUGUAUUCACUUACGGGAAUGCUUUGAUUAUAGAGGUCAUAUUUGUAUUGUCACUGACUUGUUGAAGAUUUCAUUAUAUGAUUUCUUGGAAAAUAACAAGUUUAUUCCAUUUCCAGGAAGUCAUAUUCAAGCAAUUUCAAAGCAAUUAAUUCGCUCGGUUACCUUCUUACACGACUUGAACUUAAUCCAUACUGACUUAAAGCCCGAGAAUAUAUUAUUGCAUGAUGAUAAUUAUUCCAAGAAGAAUUUAUUAACCUCCACCAUAAUAUCAGCUUAUAUGAAAUUGGGCAAUUCAAACACAAAGAAAGUACCCAAAUACCUGAAGAUACUAAAGGACCCCUUAAUUCAAGUGAUUGAUUUUGGAAGUGCUAUAUUUAAUGAUGAAUAUCAUUCCCUGAUAGUCUCGACCAGGCAUUAUCGUGCUCCUGAGAUUGUCUUGGGUACCGGUUGGUCAUUUCCUUGUGAUAUGUGGUCAAUUGGGUGUAUUUUGGUUGAGUUGAUUAUUGGAGAGCCAUUAUUCAAAACCCAUGACAACUUGGAACAUUUGGCGAUGAUUGAGAAGGUGUGUGGUUAUAGAAUAGACAAGAGCAUGGUGAAACUUUCCAAGAAGAAGGAGAAUGAGUGUGGAUUGGAAUAUUUCACAAAUGAAUUUAUAGACGAUGAUGAUCGAAGUGAAAACCUGUCUGAUGAUAGUGAAAAUAGUAGUGAUGAUGACGAUGAUUUGAUUUUAGAUCAUGAAUCAACUUAUCAAAAUUCGUUGGUGUUAAAGUUCCCGACUAGUUCCACCCCACAAAAGUUUAUCAAUAGUGUCGAAGAAUUAUCUCGCAUAGAUUUAUUCAUAAGUUCAAGAAUUGGACUAGCUAUAGAUUUUGAUUACUCGUUAUCGGCGAACUACGAAAAAAAUAAAGGUGUUAUUAAUUUUGGAAAUUUCACUUUUUGGUGGUUCUUUAUUGAUUUGUUGAGGAAAUUGUUCAUAAUAAACCCUGAGGACAGAAUCGAAGCUAUUGAAGCUUUGAACCAUCCUUGGUUUAAUUUGGGAAUUGAAGACGAAGGUACGUUAUAG